AACUGCUUUUGUGAUGCUGAAUUCUUACUUUCUGCAUUGUCACUUCCACCUUCAUCUUCACAUUCUUAGACACUCCUGAAUGCCUGAGGCUUUUGGUUAAAAUAUUUGACCCUAAUCUUUAUCAAAGGGGCAUAUAAAAGGAGAGUCCACCUUGUCUUAGUAGACUUAGUAGAGCCUUGCUCCGCCUGCAGAAAUAGCCCAGAAAGGUAGAGCUUUUUUUAUACAGGUUUGCUAUUUUCCUGCCUGCAGGGCUACAACACCAGAAUCUGUACCUGAGUCCCACUCUGAUCAAUGACUAGUAGGCUUACUAGCAGUAUAGGCUUUAUGUCUCUGGCUGGCAAAAUAACCCUUCUUCUAUUUUAAUGUGCAAUGCAUUGCAUGUUGUUUUGUCGUAAACCCCUUUCCAGCUCAUUGGGUGGAUACUGGAUGCUCUGGGACUGAUAGACCAACUGGUAGUGAGAGAACCAGCUGAAAGUCUGGGUAGUGGUGAGAAGGCAACCCAGAAUCAUCCAGUCAGCUACAAGACAACCCCUGGUGAGAGACUAAUUGGCCCAAUUGCACACCCAUUGAUCAAUAGGGUCUUUUGAAGCGGACGGAGAUGCAAAAUAAUUAGAAUUCUUCUUCUAAGAAAAGUCACAUAUCUGCCUUAAGAAAUGAGUCUAUUUCAGAAGAAUUUCAGCCAGUCACCACUCUCUUCUCUGAACGUUGAAAUGGGAAAUAAUGCAACUGAGUUACAAAAUCAUAUUUCUGUCUUAGGAAGAUUUAUAGAAUCUACCAUAUAUCUUCUGAUCUGCCUUUCUGGAUUUGUAGGGAAUGGAAUCAUCAUUUACCUUCUUGGCUUUCACAUUAAGAGAAAUAUUUUCACCACCUACAUACUGAACCUCUCCAUUGCUGACUUUGGACUGCUCACAGCGGGAGUUAUGCAGAAUAUAUAUUUGAUUUUAGAUAUGUUUGGUUCAAUCUUCUUUAUAGAUUACCUAUAUAUACUAAAUGAUUAUGUCUUUCUGUUCACAUUCUUGGCCAGCCAGGCCUUACUGAUAGUCAUCAGCAUUGACAGGUGUGUGUGCUUCUUCUUCCCACUUUGGUACCAAUUCCACCAUCCACCACGUCUGUCCAUUGCUGUGUGUGCCAUCAUAUGGAUCCUCACCUGCUUAAUCUCUGUUACACAUACCACCCUCAGUGUCACUAUUAAGUAUUUUGGGAUACUGAGCCUCCAGUAUUACUUGAAUUCUGUGAUUUUCAUGCCCAUCAUGUUUGUGUCCACUAUAGCCAUGUUAAUUAAACUCUGCCUAAAAUCACAACAAAAGAAAUCUGGAAAACUGUUAAGAGCAAAUUUGCUUAUACUUGUCUUCUUCUUCUUUUUUGUUUAUCAAAUUAAUAUUAUUCACUUUAUUUCCAUAUUUCAAGAAGUUCCUGACUCUUUCUUAUCAUAUUCCUCGAUAUGUGCCAUUCUAAACAGCAGCAUUAACCCCAUGAUCUAUUAUUUGGUGGGAAGAGAUAAAAAGGGGAGAUCCAGUAAGAGAAUAGAUAAAGUAUUUGAGCAACUUUUCAAAGACGAUGAAGUCUACAGAGUGCAACAGGAAACCACAGAAGCGCUUCAGUUAUAAGGUUGCUUUCACCAAGGAGUUUUUUUGAACCCCCCCCCCUCUCUCUUUCUCUCAUUUAUCUGAAAAGUGUAAAGGGAUAAAUAUGGAUUCUAUACUCACCAAUUCAUUCAAAGAUAUCCGUGAAUUUCUAUGCAUUUAACUUUACUCAAUUCAACUGAUCAAGUAGACUGUAAUGCUUCAGACUGGCCCCAGAUUCUGAGAAGGUGUGUUCACAUUCUCCACAUGCAUUUCAGCUUUAAAAGUGGAUUUCUGACCAUCCAAUCAGACUAAACCUGGACCAAUUCUGUUGGGUAGUCGUUCUUAUAUUUCCAUUGUUUUUCACUGCAGCAGUGGCCACAGAGUUCCAGAAAUCUUCUAGCUUUUGCCAGAUGCUUUUGCUUAUAGAUAGGGAAAGGAACAUGAAUGAGUAAAAAGAAAUGAAAAUGCAUCUUGAAAAGAAAAAAACAGGGAGAAGUAAAGCACCUCUAUUAAAAAUAGCCACUGUGGUGUGUUUAUAGUGAAGCAUAUGCAAAAAAAGCCCUUUGUAAAUUAGUUCCUGCUGCUCUGCUCUGCUCACCUCUAGUGCCCAGUAUGGUUCCCUCAUUAUGGCUGAUGAACUUGGCUCAGACCAAACAAGAAGGUGAAGAAAGAGGGAAGGAAGGAUCACUGUCUUACUUACCCUGAUUUAUGAGUAAUGGGAUGAGAGUGAUGCUUGCCUACUCUGCUUGUCACUGCUUUCAUGCUGAGCCUUUAACACAGGAUCAUCAUGAAGACAGAUAGCAAUAUUUUAUCAAUUAUUUGUACAGUGAUGUUUUGUCAGUUAUUUUCAACAUCUACAGGUUAUAUAUAGUUUAAAUAUUUUUUUCUUUAUUUUUCUUCCCUCUGUUUAUUCUUUUAAUUGUAAUGUA